UUCUAAAGAAAAAGAAGAGAAAACGAAAGAGUGAAUCUCUCGUGUUGGUGACUGAAUUUUUUAUUUUAUAUAGCACAUUCAGUGAGCAUAAAUUAAUUCGGGGGUGAUGUUAAUUAACAAUAUGAUCCGUUAUUAUAAUUAUGUCGGCUGUCAUUAUUGUCAAGAGUCACAGUUUCAACGUGCUUGAACCACUUUCCAGGCAUAUGAUCCCUCGAGCGUAGAACUUUGAUUCGGUGUCAUCAAUUCAGGCUUGCUGUUGUGAUGUUCGUUUCACUGACAGAUGAUUAUGCCAUAAAUAUGUUAAUAUAGAUCUACAUGUGUUUGGUGUUAAAAAGACCGGUAAUGUAUCUUGAAUUAUAUCAUGAUAAAUAAAAAACGAUUUCACGCAAGAAUGCAUACAGAUAAGUAUGAAAGCGAAAAGCACAUCAAAAACUAGAUUUUAUCUCGAGAGAUAUUUCGUUCCGAUUCGUUUCAACGAAGUCAUUCGUGAUAAAAUUCGCCGUUUAAUGCAAGCAACGGAGAAUGUGUAUGUAUGUGUAUGCUAUCCAUUUUCUUCACGUAUAUAGAGUUAUCCAUAACAAGUGUUUGACAAGACUGUUUAAAAUCACAAACAGCAAUCAUAAAGAGAAGUCUAUCAAGAUGAAAAAAUUUCACGUUUGAAGUAUCUUUAUUUGUACAAAGUAUUUGUGUAAAUAUAUAAAAGAUAAGAGAGGUAAUUAAGUGCCAUCUCCUGGAUUGAAAUGCAUUGUUCGCUGGUACACUUUUGGCCUUUGUACAGUGCGGUCCAAGUAUUUGAUUUAACUUGUUCACCUACUUCGGAGAUAGCUGAUGCUGGAGGUGGUUACAAACGAUUUCGUGUAACUGUUCUAGUUCUGUUCAUACUUUUAUUCGGUUGGACAGACCGUGUGGCAGCUGGCGAUUGCGGUCUGGCCGAGUUAACUUGUCGGGAUGGGCAUUGUGUACCGAUUGACGCGUACUGUAAUGGACGAGAUGAUUGCGGAGAUAAUAGUGACGAGCCAGCGAUGUGUACACCCUGUAAUCGUACGUAUCAUGGACGUGAAGGACGUACAUACAAAUUGGAUCUUCCGAGACCUAGCGAGGAACGUCUGCCAUUUCUUUGUCAUUUAACGUUCACCGCUGCUGGCCAGGGGUACGGUGAACUUGUACAACUUUUGUGGGAUGCGUUCAGCGUGGGCAGAGUAGACCCAAACACUGAUAGCUUUGUUACCAGCUGUCCCGAAGGAUCGUUACAAUUAGCAGAAUUAGGUAGACACUUUACGGGUGGCUCGUGGUGUGGAGUCGGAGAAGGGAAAGCUUCUUACUACAGCGAGACGAGUACAGUCACGGCGUCCAUACGAUUGUUUCACGCACCUUCCAGCGUACCUUUCGAAUUUCGUUUAAGGUACAGAUUUGUGGCGCGCAACGAAGCCGUGGCUAGAUUAGGAAAGCCUGAGCUUCCGAUUGAAAGGGGCUCCCCCGUGCCGGGUACUUACUGUUCUAGAAACUUUUAUGAAUGUCAUUUGAAGCAAUGUAGACUACAGAGUCCCAACUAUCCCGGGGAAUAUCCGAGAAAUGCCAGCUGCUUGAUAACCAUAAGACAGAAGGAGGUGCCUACCUGUAAACAUGCUAUGAUUUCGGUGAAAUCUACGCCGACUGGUCCAGUCGGAAUUACCACAGCCAAUAGUACUUUAAGUGUAUGGCAAGAUUGCCGCCCGGAGAAAGAUCAUCUUAUAUUUCGAGAUGGGGUCAGACCGGAAGAUUCGAUUUUAUUGAUUUAUUGCGGAGGACCUUUACCCAGGAUCACUGCCAGAGGUCCAACUAUGCAAGUGGAAUUCCGAAGUUCCCCGAUAGCCAUCCCCCUUGGUGCCUCUGCUUUGAGGCUCGAACUCGAGAUUCAAGUAGUUUACGUCGACUCUGAUGGCCUCGACUACGCGAAGGGCCCUCAAGGUUGCCAUUUUUUUGUAAAUGGUACUAACAAAAGGAGCGGCAUACUGAGAGCGCCGCUUCACGCACUGCCACCAAAUUCUAGCUGUACUUGGAAUAUCAAAGGAUCCGCUGGAGACAGAGUGUGGAUCUACUUUUCCUCGUACUCGCAACGGGACUUAACGGGUAGCGUCGAGAACAACGCCAGUUCUCAGUCGGAUGUACCUUGCGCGAUAAAGCUGAUAUUUUGGGAUGGUACGCCGUCCACUGGACUUCCAAUGGCUACGCUUUGUGACGACACACCCAAGCUGUGUGCACACGCGGCUCUGAGGAAUGUCACUAGAAGCACGAGGCCGUGUACAGAGGAUGAAAGUUACAUCACAGUCGCACCAUCCUUAACGUUACGUAUGGAAACGUUGUUGGGUACUGCACUUCAUACGGUUAACUUUAAUGCACAGUACGAAUUUAUUUCGACCACUCAAGUUGGCGAACCCUGGGGAGACGGAGUUUGCAGUAGAGUAUGGCGCAAAGUUCGAAGCGGCGAGGUAACAUCACCUCGUGAUGUUCGUCUUUUUGGAAGAGGUGGAUCCCCAAAAUUAGACUGUAGAUAUCGUAUAGAGGCUGGUGCGGACGAGAGGGUGCGAUUGACGUUGCACAACGUCAGUCUAGGCGAGUCUACCAUUUGCACGAGCGAGCCAGAUCCUCAUACUGGUCGACCACGUUGUGUUCAAGAAGUGGGUUCCAGAGAAGCUCGUUUAGUUUUAUACGAAGCGCCCUGGCGGGAUGUAAAGCUUCCGAGAGCUUGUUUAUGUGAUAACACGUCGCAUCUUCCAUUGACACACAUCUCUUCGAGCAGAGCUUUGGAGAUUACAUUUUUAAUCGAACAACAAGCUCCGCACGAAGACUUUGAAACUCUCUUUUUUUAUGCUAGCUUCGAACUCGUACGUGCACCCGAGUGUCCCAGAAAGCAAAGAGUACGCGGAGAAGGUGGUGAAUUACGAUUCGUGGCUCCACCAUUAUCGAGACCAGAUAUUUAUUGUGAAGGACUUCCAUGGUUAGUGGAGGCACGCGAAAACAGAUCCCUUUUCGUUUUAACUUGGGGCUGGUUCCUUCCCCUAGAACCAUCGCCGAUAUCAGAAAUGAACGAACAAAGCAAAUGUCCAACCACCAACAGAAUCCUCCUUUACUCCGGUUGGCCGCCGAAACUUCUAAAAGUAGUGUGUCCCGCUGAACCAGGUGCAAGAGAAUUCACCGUUCACGUCUUCUCCGAAGAGUGGCUAGGAGGUACCGGCGAGGGUAAAUGGCCAGGUCCACCACGACCUCCUGCGCUUUUGCUGGACUUUGUUGCAAGAGAAUCUGGUCAGGCUGCAGCCUCGUGGUUAGAAAUUUCGAAGAGCAGAGCUGCAUUACGUAGACAGCUACGUUUACCCGAAAGAGGAAUAGAGAAUGAGACAUUGACUAACGGAGACUGUCCCCAUAAGUGUCCCGAAUUAAGCGCUUGCAUUGCCGCGAGUCUUUGGUGUGAUGGGAGAGCUCAUUGUCCGUCUGGGCACGAUGAGGCGAAUUGUGGUAACGGGGCGAAAUUACUUGGAUUAUUACCUUCGGAAAUGUGGCUAGUAUUAGCCGCUGUCGCUGGAAUUAUCGCUGCCUUUGCGUGCCUCUUUGUGGUACUGAUUAGCAGGUCAAAAGCGCGUACGAAAAGACUUCACUAUAAGGGUACAAAAAAAAGCAAUAGACCGAGGCGAGCGCCGACAGAGGAGACGCUACUGGGAGCAGCAUCCUGACAACAGCAACCCGGUUUCGUGGAAUAUAUCCAUGUAGACCGGGAAACAACCGUUUAGCAAUAUUUCUCUGUGCUUUACCGUCCACUAACUUAACACUAUCCCCAGGCAUCGUAAACCAAAUGUCGAAGUAUCUUUCUUUUUAAAAUAGCAUUUAUCUAUUUUUUUUUGUUACGUUUAAUUCAUUAUAUAUUUUAAACUUGCAGCUGUUGCUUAAUUGUAAUUGUUAUAAAUAUUUGUUCGUUUACAUGUUCCUAUUUUUUUAGAUACUACAUAUGUAACGUGUUAUCACGAUUAAACAGUGCAAUAGGGAUGGGACGCAAAAGCGAUGCUUUCUGUUUCUUUGGAAAACUAUUUCAAGUUUGAAUAACGUAGCUUAUCACUUUGUUGUACGGACAGUUAGAGUGAUAGCAGUAUCAGUGUUCUCAUUCAUGCAUAAUGAGUGUAUGAUAGUGAGAAGUGAAUGGUAAUACGCAUCGUUACAGAAACUGCUUUAUAAAAACUAGAAUACUUCUGAAGGUAUAAUGUAAAAUUGUAUACCAAAAGUGUACGGCUAAGUUACGUUAUGACACUGUAACUCUAUUCAUUGACACGAUGUUUUAUAAACCAGAGAGAUAGUAAAUGCAAUUAAUAUAAUAUACAGGAAUAAAUCUAUAAUUUAAAAAAUAUCACACAUAUUGCUCAAAGGAUAUUGUAACUGCCAAAAAGAAAAAGAUAUUUUAAUUUCGAUUAGCUGAUAUAACAUUUUUAGCAGAAAUAGAAAAGAAAAAAAGAUAGACAAAGUAUUUCAAACGCAGAAGAGGAUAACUUUUUUAUAUUUUAAUGUAGGGGAAACAAAGUUAAAUUUAAAUAAAAAUGAGAAGAUCGAAAUUGAUUACAUAAUCAUAGUUACAUCUAUCGACGAUGCCAAAAAGUUAAUUUUAACGUGUUCAGUAUCUAUAUUUCUCCUGAGAUUUUUAAACAUAUUUUUAUGACUUUUGCUGAGAUAUUUAAUUAUAUAUUUUAAAUAAGUUACAUUGGAAAUUAAAAAAAGAGAGUUGUAAAAAGUAAAAAUAGUUAUUUAACUCGAAAGCUUAUUGAAUUUGUUAAACAAAAAUUGUCGACAUUGAUGAUAUUGAUAUCUAUUAUUUUUCAUUUGCUAAAUAGAAAAUAUACUACAAAAGUACUAUAUUUAUAAGGGAACAAUUGUAGGUCAAGUUCCAGCGCACAAGAGAUUGUGAGAAAAAAGAAGGAAACGAAAAAAAAUUAGUUGAAAUUUAUGGUACAAUAUUAUAUAACAGUGUUUUCUUCGUUUCUUUAUAUUAAUUAAUUAAUUUUCCAUUUUAAUUUACAAUUUCGAUAAAUAGAAUUCACUUAUGAUCGUACACAAUAUCUUAGAAAUUGUAUCUCUCAUUGCAUAUUUAUAUAUCUAUUCAUUUACAAUUUACGUUCCUUUAAAAAUUAAUUAACUAGUUUGCAACAAUAUAUGCAAGUUAGUAAACUAUAUUCUUAUUAACCAGAUGAAAACCAAUCGAACUAAAUAAAGUAUAGAAAAAUAGAAGGAAUUAGAGGAUAUUUCUGAAAAUAUUCUAAAAAUGAUAAAAAAAAAGGAGGAUCAUUCAUAAAAAUCGCUGUUAUACAAUAUUUAGUACUACAGUUUAUAGAUGCACUUACAAAAUAAAGUUAAACAUAGCUGUGACACAAAGUGUUGGAAGAUACUGAUAUAAUUUACGAUUAUAAAGCACUCGAUAAUGUUAAAAUGUUGUUAUUAAAAUAUAAUUGCUGUUACAACUGAACAACUAAUACGUAUUAUUUGAAUAAAAGAGAAGGAGAUAUUCGCCUAUCCGGUUAUUUAUAAUUAGAUGAUUCAUACACGAACGAUUUAAUCAAUUGAAUAUUUUAAAGCGAAAAAUUUAAUCUUAGAUGCACGAAUUACGAUUCAGAGGAAUAAAUCAAACAUAGUUUUUAAUUCAAAGUAACUAUGAUAAUAGAUUAUGGUACAUGAAUAUAUCGAGUAAGAGAAUAUAAAUUAAGCAUCACUAUAAGGACUGAAAGUAAAAUUGCGAAAUGCGGCGAUUAGAUAAAAAAAAAAAAAAAAAAAAAAAAGGAAAAAGAAAAAAGCAAAAGAUGUAAUGAUAAGUGCUAUUCGAAAGUUAAUAGUUAAUGUAUUAUGUAUCUAGCCUUUAGAGGACAUACAUACAAAUUAGAAGUGGAAUAUCUAAUACCUGGGAUCUGUAUCACGCUAUACGUGAAUUCUUUGCAAAAUUUAUCUUUUUUCUUUUUUCUAAAAUUCUUACAAAAUGUUUUACAAUAAUCGUGAUUACAAACCAUUCUUCCUAUACGUUUAAAGAAAAGAGUAAUGACAACUUUUUCGAAAAUUCGCAACGAAUUUCGGAAUUGUGAAAUGGAUUCGAUAUGAAAGAAGAUGCACUUCCAUGUAUGUAAUAAUAUAUGAGAACUGAAUGUACAUACCAUGGUCUGCUUAAAAUA